AUGGGCGAAUAUGAGCCCAAAAUUGAGGUGCAUUUCCCAACAUCUGUUCUGGCUGCCAAAGGACUCACUGUCAGACUGGAGUGCUUCGCUCUGGGAAAUCCUGUGCCAACAAUCACAUGGAGGAAGAUUAAUGGCAACAUCCCAAAAAAAGCCAGACUCCGGAAGUCCCAGGCUGUGCUGGAGAUUCCCAACAUUCAACUGGAGGACUCGGGAACCUACGAAUGUAAAGCUGAGAAUCCAAGAGGAGGCACUGCAUUCAAAGGACAUCUACAGGUCUACACCCUCCCUCAGUGGGUCAGAAUGAUUAAUGAUACCCAGAUGGAUAGUGGAGAGAAGCUCCAAUGGGAGUGCAAGGCCAUGGGGAGGCCCCGGCCCACAUAUCACUGGCUGCGGAAUGGUUUGCCCUUGACAUCCCAGGGUCGUAUGGAAAUAGUGAAUGGCGAACUGACCAUUCACAGAGUGCAGCAGACGGACUCGGGAAUGUACCAGUGUGUUGCGGGAAAUAAAUACGGGUCCAUCAACUCUAAUGCUGAACUCAAGAUUUUAGCAUCGGCUCCUGUCUUUGUCCAUAAUCCUGUGCGGGUCAUUGCUACACUUGGAAAAGAUAUAUUGCUAGAAUGUAAACCCAAAGCCUCGCCCAAACCACGGAUAACAUGGAAGAGAGGAGACCGGAGGAUACAGCAAAGCAGAAGGAUUAUGUUGCUACGGAACAAUACUCUGAGAAUUGUUAACUCCAGCCGAGCAGAUGAGGGGAACUAUGUGUGCCGGGCCGAGAAUGAGCUGGGCUCGGCGGAGAUGACUGCCGUAUUGUGGGUAAAAGAGGCCAUGCGUGUGGAGCUUAGCCCGAUUCGAGUGGAAGUGACUGUGGGGGAGAGCGUGGUGCUGAGCUGCAAGGCCGCCCAUGACACCUCGCUGGAUGUGGCUUUCCAGUGGUUCUUCAACCAGAGGCCCAUCAACUUUCAACAGGACGGUAACCACUUCGAAUACAUCCAAACACAGUCGUCCACAGUGGACCUGAUGAUCAGGAGCAUUUUGUUGAAGCAUGCUGGGAAGUAUGGGUGUCGGGCCCAGACCAGCGCCGACACUGUGUUUACAGAGUCUGAACUCCUUGUGCGAGGCCCUCCCGGCCCCCCUGGAGUGGUGAUAGUGGAGGAGAUCACCGACACCACGGCCACCCUGUCCUGGACUCGUGGCCUGGACAACCACAGCCCUAUCAGCACCUAUAAUAUACAGGCCCGCAGCCCAUUUUCAUUAGGCUGGCAAACUGUCCAAACAGACCCAGACCCAGUGACAGGAGACAUGGAGUCAGCCAUGGCAGUGGAGCUCAACCCAUGGGUGGAGUAUGAGUUCAGGGUGGUGGCCAGCAAUGCCAUUGGGACCGGAGAUCCCAGUGCACCUUCGAGAGGAGUUAGGUCUAAGGAAGCAGUCCCGAAAGUGGCACCAUCGAACGUCAGCGGAGGGAACGGCCGCAGGCACGAACUGGUCAUCUCGUGGGAG